AUGGAUACCUCAGAUCUCGCAGGAAUGGCAGACUACCAGCUAAUCGGCGAUGCGUUCGGAUACCAUUCCGGUUACGGCAACGCUUCAGGUCAGCCAACAGGACAGGCGGGACAACCACAACCAUCGGGAUUGCCUGUCGGGGGCAGUAAUAUGCCGUCAUCUGCAGUGUUGGGCGGUUUGUCAGGACAGAGCUCAGCGCAGGCCUACCAUCAGUUGCAAUCACAACACGCUACAAGAGCUGCAUAUCCGCAAACCAAUGACCCCUUAAUGAGCCAUAAACUUCAUAGUCAAUACCCUAAUUAUGGAACGGGUGGUACUGGUGUCCAAGGGAUUGGUGUGAGGGGACAAUACCCGACAGAUCCUCGGUAUGUGCAGCACGGGAUGGCUGACUACAACUCGGCUAUGAGUCAAUCACAUAUGAGUCAACCCACACAACCCCCGAUGCCCAGUGCUUACGGCCAACAAAAUCUUAUGGGACAGUAUGCCGGACAGAGAAUGCAUGCGCCGGGAAUGACACCAUCUCGACAGCCAACCGGUCCACUCCACGGAAUGCCAUCACAUUAUAGCUCGUCGUAUACAUCGGGACCGACACAAAGUGGUUACCACUCGCACUCUACGCCCAGUAGUGACAUGUGGUCGGGUCAGGGAGUGCCACAUAUGCAGCAAAGCUCGUCAUAUCCUGGAUAUCCCAAUUCGGGGACAAGCGGUCCAUCGCAAGGCGUGUCGCACUCGACGACCGGUUCAAUGCACGGCCCGAGAGCUGGUCAGAGCCAAUAUGUGGGUCAUAGCGAGUACAGUGCAAUGCAUGCCAACGAUCAGCAGAGACAGUACUACUCGUCCACUGGAGGGCCGACUCAAUCGCAGUCAAUGACGACUCACAUUCCUAGUGAAAGCUCGACAUUGCCUUAUCCGACACCAUCUCAAGGCCCCUACAGCUCCAAUUCCGGCUCACAAGUGCCACAAUCGGCACCCUCGAGGGGCUCCCACUCCGCCAUCAGUGGUUCAGUUCCGCGACAGCAAUAUAUCGGUUAUAACACGUCUUCACUUCAAUCACAGCCGACGUCACAACCAAAUCAGUCCCAAAGUACGGGCGCAUCGAUCCCAAGGUAUCCGCAACAGUAUUCCGGUUAUCCACAGGCGGGCAGUUAUGGUGACUCUUCAGCCCAAUCACGUCUAUCUCCAUAUCCAUUAUCACAAACAGGACCCGCGGGUCCUAAUAGUCCACAAUUUAGACCCGGCUUUCCAACGAGUGCUGGACCACAGCUGUCAUCACUAUCUCCGAGACGGCCCACGACAACACCGCCGGCGGGUUCACCAAUGCCUCCAUCGUCUCACACACCGGACCGCUCGUCCACUUCGGCCGCACAGCAGGCGUCACAUCAGUCGAGUUUCCCCAUUAGUCCCGGCGCUAAUCACUUAUCCAGUCCGGGACAGGGUUUGUCUCCCGGCUCAUCGGUUCCAUCAACGCCUUCGAGUUUACAACAAUUGGAACAAAUGGUUUUGCCUCACUUGGGAGGGGUCACCAACUCAUCCAAAUCAUCGAUACCGGUCUCGACAAACGCCUCGUCAUCGUCCUCCACGUCCUCUUAUUACGGAUCUGUCGGUCCCAACACGCCAUCCACCGGAGCCGCACCCCUAUCACCACAAGCAUCGCAGGCAAUGUAUUCUCAUUACCCAUCGUCGGCUUCGAUGGCGGCAAACAAAUCCCAGUAUCCAUACCAUCAGUACCAGCAAAACAACUCGCACUGGACGGGCCCUCAGCCCAACCCAAUCGCCCCACCAGUCGCUGUCUCAUCGAGUAGUUCUGCGGCCACUUCGAUAACAAAUACUCAUUCAAUGGGUGGAGUCAGUGGUGGCAUUCCCUUACAGCCACAGUCGACGCUCACAUCCAUAGGUCAGCCGUCGAGCCAACCAUCGACUCAUCAAAGCUCACCGACAGUCGCCUCCAACUCUUCGUCACCUAAUGUUAAUAAAUCUGAUGUUCCGAUGCCUCCCAACAGUGGCAUUAGUGGACAAUACAAUUCAUACGGCAGUGAACUAAACGCCGGCGCCUCCGCCGACUCGAACUUUUCUCAAUCUUUUGUCAGUCGUUCCACUUCUUCUUCGACUAACUCUACGCCUCCAUCGUCUUCAUCGUCCUCUUCAUCACAACCACUACAAAGUGGUUAUUCGCAAAGCGCCGGCUCUACCGGUGCUUCAUUUGAUUCGUCAGUAAUAAAAGCGCAGCACAAACAGCAGUUACAAGCAGUACAGGGAGCACAAGGAGCUCAAAACGAUACUCAGCAGUCACAACAAUCUCAAAACCAGACACCCGGCGCCCCAAUGGCGUCACCGACACAUAUGUUCGACUCAAUCAAAAGUCCAAACGCCUCGACGCCGAGGCCUCUGUCAGCAAACGAUUUGCAGCCAAACUCACAACCAAAUCAAUCGCAAUCCGAUAGACUAUCCAACUCUCAAUCGGCGGCUCAACCACCGCCACAAAUGAUGGGACCCGGAGUUCCUCAUCAAUCGCAUCAUCCCUACCACCAGAUGAUGCACCAGCAAUCAGUCCAUCAGUCAUACCCACCUCAGCCACAAAUGGCUAAUUACCAGAACAGUUACGACCCAUCGGUUGGUCUCAACUACGAUAUGAAUUCAGAUAUGUCUCAGUCCUCCGGUAUGAAUGCCGGCCCAUACGGAGACCACGACUCCAUGAUGUACGACAGCUAUGGCAUGGAUAGUAUGGUUCCGCCACAGAUGGGAGACUAUCAUAGAGACAGUGCUGGAGACUACGGCCCAAUAGACCCCUAUUCCGCCAAUUUUGACGACAGUUUUGGGGAACCGCCGACAAAACGGAAAGGAAAGGGUCGACCCAAAAAAGAUCCCAAUGAACCCAAAAAGGAGAGGAAACCCCGACAACCACGUGCUCCCAGAGGGUCGGGACGUGGAAGGGGUCGCGGAAAGAAUAAUAAUAAUAUGGGGGACAGAAUGCCACCCAUGCCUCCUAUGAUGCCCCCAGAAUACGAUCCCAGUUAUGGAAUGCCAGCGGAAAACAUGGAUUUAUACGCUCAUGAGAUGUACGGCCAGCCAAUGCCUCCCUCACAGCCGCCGCCAAUAAAUUCACAGCUAUCCCAACCGAUUCCCUCAAUGCCUAUAAGCGUUCCACAGCCGGCGCCUCAACAGCAACAGCCGCCGCCACCACAACAGGCGCCCCCACAACCGCCGCCUCAGUCUCCCCCUCCGCCCCCACAACAACCGCCGCAAACAAAUCAUUGUCAACAACCGAUGCCAAUCACACAGCAGUCGAUUCCAACUCCCCUUCAGCCGCAGCCACAAAGCGAGACGACGCCGGUUCCAUCUCCGGUCCCUUCGCUCCCGUCUCACACCUUUACGCCUCCCGUUCCUCCGCCCAUACCUACGCCCAUACCUACGGAACAACCGAUUCCGCCAAUCAUUGAAAAGCCGUUAGAAUCCGAACAAAAUCUAUACGAAGAGAAUUUUUUAGACCAAACGACAAUCAGUGAAAACAAUGGGUUAAACGAAACCACUUUAGUGUCGAUGCCUACGGAGGACGAGACGAGUCUAUCAGUAGCCGUCCCUUCGGAUGGCGAUAUGUUCAGUACACCUCCCCGACAGGUAUCUCCCUGUCCGCCACCAAUUACCGACGAUGUGAUACCGGAACCAAAAAUGGAUUCGUAUGAGUUCGCUGACGAACAGUUGGCGUCGACGCCAUUGAAGGCACCGAAACAAAAGAAGCCGAAGAAAAGGAAACCCAAGAAAGAGGCGACAGAAUCCGAGGUCGACAUCAACAGUGAGUUGAAUGAGACGAACACCGAGAGUGAGUCGAAACCACCGAAACCUAAGAAAGCAAAAAAGCGUAAGAAGAAGAGCGACACCGAAGAGCCGGAACCCAAAGAAGUGAUUCCGUCUGAAGAGGGAAACGAUUCGGUGAUUGCGCCGCAAACCGAUAUAGACGACGCCACUCAGGAAUCGUCUCAAUGCGACUCCAGUGCUAUGGAGUCGAGCACUGGGAAGGGGUCGACCAAAAAAGAGAAGGCAAAGCGAAGCUCGAGCUCGAAGGCAAAGCCCAGAAUUAAGAACAGAUCCCCGAAAAAGAAAUUACCAAAACUUGCGCUCAAAUUCAGUAAAAACAAAAAGAAGAGACGUUUGGGUUCGGCAUCGCCCGACCACUCGGACCUCGAGAGGACUCCCCCUCCGUCUCCCGAUGACGCGGAUACCGGUAAGCGGCGUUCGGCUAGAAAUACGAAACGACAGAAAUAUACGGAUGAAAUCGAGUUGGAUCUGUCGGACGACGACAACAUUCUCGACCAUAAAAAGGACUCGAAUGGUGUCUUAACACCACUCCUCGACUCCAACGGUAAACCUAUUAGUGGUGGAGACGUAUUAAGUGUUGUCACAAAUAUAAAUGAGGACACAAUGGUUGUCGAGAAGAUAAUGACCACUAGAACGGGAACGAGGGAACUGGAGUACGACGCCCAUGAGUUGGCAGAUCCCACUCCAAAGCCCUCGACUAUAGAAGUGGAAGAGUUUUAUGUCAAAUACAAGAAUUUAUCGUAUUUUCACUGCGAAUGGAAAACAGAGGAAGAGCUGGAAAAAGGCGACCGACGUAUCGGACAAAAGAUUAAACGAUUUCGACAAAAGAAAGACACUUUAAAUAUGUUUGACUUCUUAGACGAAGAGCCAUAUAAUCCCGAUUACAUAGAAGUCGACCGAAUUCUUGACGUCAAUGAAAUCGAAGAGAUUAUUGAAAUACUUCCCGAAAAAGAGGAAACAAAAGAAUCAAAAGACGAAACCGAAACAGAAUCGCAAACAAACGAUUCGCAAACCAUUGAAACCAUUGAGACAAUAGAAACCGAUAAAACUGAACCCAAUUCGACUGAGUCUUCAAUUGUGCCAAACGAUAGUGAGAAGACUGAACCAGAAAUCAGUGAUAAUCAUGAAAAUAAAGAUUCAGUCGAAAAGCCUAUCGCUGAGAGUAAGUCCAUAGAUUCGUCAGAAGAUAAAAGUGAUGACAAAACUGAAGACGAGUCGACUCAAGAAAGUGUUAUUAAAAUUGACGAAAUUAUUGAAAAACUCGAAACUCAAGACGAGGCAAAGAGUAGUGAAAGUGAUGUUAAAGUGAGUCAAACUGAUAAAGAGAUUGAAGCGGUAGAGGAGAAGCCAGAAGUGCCCCUUCAGACCAGAAAAGUGAAGCACUAUCUGGUGAAGUGGAGAGCUCUGGCCUAUGAGGACAGCACGUGGGAACUGGAGGACGAUUUGGAUCCCAUAAAAAUCGAAAAUUUCUAUAAGUUCCGAAAGCCUCCGCCAAAGAAUGAAUGGAAACCAAAGAGGAGACCAAAACCCGCCGACUGGAAGAAGAUCGAGGAGUCGCCGGUCUAUAAGGCGGGCAAUACUCUCAGGGAAUACCAAUUGGAAGGCCUUAAUUGGCUGAGCUUUUGUUGGCAUAACAAUCAAAACUGUAUCUUAGCGGAUGAGAUGGGUUUAGGAAAAACCAUUCAAUCGCUAGCUUUUGUCAAUGAAAUAACCAAUUAUGGAAUUCCCGGUCCUUUCCUAAUAAUAGCUCCGCUGUCAACGAUUGGCAAUUGGCAGCGAGAGUUUGAAACGUGGACUGAUCUCAAUGUCAUUACAUAUCACGGAAGCUCUGCCAGUCGUAAUAUGCUUCAGGAAUACGAAAUGUAUUAUAAGAACGACAAAAAUGAGAGAAUUCCCGGAAUAUUCAAAUUCCAAGUAAUGAUCACUACUUUCGAAAUAGUAUUAACCGAUUGUUUAGAAUUACGAGAAAUCCAUUGGAGAGACUGUAUUAUAGACGAAGCCCAUAGACUUAAGAAUAGAAAUUGCAAACUAUUAGAGGGUUUGCGACUCUUAGACGUCGAGCACAGGGUCCUAUUGACGGGAACUCCGCUGCAGAACAACGUCGAAGAGUUGUUUAGUUUACUUAAUUUUCUGGAACCGACACAAUUCACGUCCAAUGAGAGCUUUAUGUUAGAGUUUGGAGACCUUAAGACUGAGGCACAGGUAGACAAACUGAAAGCCAUUCUUAAGCCAAUGAUGUUGAGGCGACUGAAGGAAGACGUGGAGAAAAGUUUGGCCCCAAAAGAAGAAACUAUUGUUGAGGUCGAAUUGACUAAUAUUCAGAAGAAGUACUACAGGGCUAUACUUGAGAGGAAUUUCCAAUUCUUGAGUAAAGGCGGAACCUAUGCUAAUAUGCCUAACCUUAUGAACACAAUGAUGGAGCUGAGGAAGUGCUGCAUUCAUCCCUUCUUAAUAAACGGCGCCGAAGAGCAGAUAAUACACGAAUUCCGCGAACAACACAAAAGCGAGAGCGAGCCCACAGUUAACGCCAUUGUCAGCGCGUCCGGUAAACUCGUUCUCAUCGACAAACUGUUGCCACGACUCAAAGACAAUGGCCAUCGAGUGCUUAUAUUCUCACAAAUGGUGCGCUGUUUAGACAUUCUCGAGGACUAUAUGGUUCAGAAGCGCUACCCAUACGAGAGAAUUGACGGCAGAGUGCGAGGAAACCUACGGCAGGCGGCCAUCGAUAGGUUCUGUAAACCAGAUUCCGAUCGAUUCGUGUUUCUGUUGUGCACCCGAGCGGGUGGUCUCGGCAUUAACCUAACAGCAGCCGAUACUGUCAUCAUAUUUGACUCCGAUUGGAACCCACAGAACGAUCUCCAGGCACAGGCCCGGUGUCACCGAAUCGGUCAGUCGAAGGCCGUCAAAGUCUAUCGACUUAUCUGUCGAAACACUUAUGAGAGAGAAAUGUUUGAUAAGGCGAGCCUUAAGUUGGGUUUGGAUCGGGCAGUACUCCAGUCCAUGAAUUCAUCGAAAGCCGGAAAUGUAGAUAACAAAGAUUUCUCGAAGAAAGAGAUCGAAGAUCUGCUGAGAAAGGGUGCGUACGGAGCACUCAUGGAAGACGAUAACGCCGGCGACUCCUUCUGUGAAGAGGAUAUCGAACAGAUUCUCCAGAGACGGACCCAAACUAUUAUCAUUGAGAGCGAAGGCAAGGGCUCGACGUUCUCGAAGGCGUCGUUUGCCUCCUCAAGCAAUCGGUCGGACAUCGAAGUCGAUGACCCGAACUUCUGGGAGAAGUGGGCCAAGAAAGCCAACUUCGAUGUCGACGAACUCAAGGGACGCAACGAACUCAUAGUACAAGAGCCGCGACGACGAACUCAAACCAAACGUUUCGGUGCCGACGACGCCGUUCUCGAUAUGUCUGAACUCGAGUCCAGCGACGAAGACGACGACUCCGUUUCGAUGCGAACGCGCGGCGGAAGGAAUAGUCGUUUGCCUAAAGGAAAGAAAGGCAAAAAGGGUCGCGGAGGAGGGUAUGAACGGGAAAGGGAUGAGGACUAUAUGCAAGAGUUCGGUCCGGGGAACUGGACGCGAGCCGAGUGCUACAAAGUGGAGAAGGGUUUGCUUACGUUCGGUUGGGGCCGUUGGGCCGAGUGUCUGAUUCUCGGCAACUUUAGACGACAGUUGUCCCGACUGGACGUCGAGAGCAUAUCGAGGGUUCUGUUGCUGUACGCCCUCCAGAACUAUAAGGGCGACGAAAAGAUCAAAGCUUUCAUUUGGGAUCUAAUCACUCCUAACGAAGACGGAGAGCAUCGCAUUCAUCGCAACCACUCCGGGCUCAACGCUCCCGUUCCUCGCGGCCGGAAGAAUAAGAAAAUGAAAAAGACUGUCGGAGAGGAACUGGAGGUCUCGGACUGGGCUAAGGAUGACAAAUACAAUCCCGAUGUGUUGCUAACGGACGACAUGUACCGCAAACAUCUGCAUCGACAUGCAAACAAGAUAUUGAGUCGGUUUGUUUCACUGCAAGGCUAUUGCGCAACCAGGGCCGAGGCCGAGGCCGAGAUUAUCGGUGGACUACACGAACAAGUCUUCACUGGUAUGACUGCUCGCGAUAUUCCCAUCCCUUCACCCGUAGCCGAUGGCGACCCACCGGCUCUCUGGUGGGACGUGGAGGCGGACAAGUCUUUACUCGUUGGUGUCUAUAAGCACGGAUACGAUCGCUUCAAUCUGAUGAGACAGGACGCGGCUCUCUGUUUUCUAACACGUUGUGGUCCACCCGAUGGCGCCGCACUGUUGGCUGAAAUGAAUUCCGACGAAGACUUGGGAAAGACGCUCGAAGAGGACGACGAACCCGAGACACCGGCCACUCCCGCCACACCUCUUAGCGAGAAUGACUCGAUGGCUAAGAAUAAAAUGGAGAAAUCGGACUCAAAAGAAGAUCAGGAUCUGAACGAUCCGUCCGGGAAUUUACUGCCAUUCCCUUCUCCGGCUGAUAUGAAUCAUCGUCUGCGCAGAGUUGUGACGAGUUAUCAGAGAAACUUCAAGAAACAGGAAAUGAAAUUAGCGCAGAGGGCUCGACACCAACAGAGGCUCGAGAGACUCGAGAGGUUUGAAGCGGCCAUCAAAGAGAGGGAACUCAAGAAGAGAGAUUUGGCCCAAAAGAAAUGGUCGCGUCGAGAAGAGGCCGACUUUUAUCGAGUGGUUUCUUCAUUCGGUGUCGAAUACAACAGACUCGACGACUCCUAUGACUGGACGCGCUUCCGUUCGUUCGGCAAAUUGGAGCGAAAACUCGACGAAACACUGACAGAGUAUUUCAAAGCGUUUUACGCGAUGUGUAAACGCGUUAACGGAAGGCGUCUCACCGACGAGGAGGAGAAUCUGCCCAUAAGUGUUGAUCCCAUUUCUGAGGAGAGGGCCAGUCGUUGUUUAGCGCGAAUCGAUUUGUUGAGCAAAAUAAGAGAAGAGAUUUUGACUCAUCCCGAACUCGAUGAGAGGCUCCAGUUAUGUCAGCACUCCAUGGAUUUGCCCGAUUGGUGGGUCUGUGGAAAGCAUGACAAAGACCUGAUGAUUGGCGCCGCCAAAUACGGUCUCAAUCGACUCGAUUUUAAUCUCGUGAACGACCCGGAGUUGUCUUUUGUCGAUAUCUUUAAUAAAUUUGACGCAAAUGAAGACAAAAAGUCUGAAACAAGCGAACAAAAGAUCGAAUUGAAAGCAAAUGAUUCUGAAUUAGCGAACGAAUUGAAUGAAAUUAAAGAUGAAAUAAAAACCGAAGACAAAACCGAAGACAAAACCGAUGAUAAAACUGACGACAAAAAGACGGACACAAUUGAGGACAAAAAUAAUGACAAAACAGUUGAUGAAAACGACGAGAAAACUAUUAAUGACGAAAAAGUGGACAAAACUGACGUUAAAGUUGAAAACAUGUCCGAAGAUAAGCCGACAGAUUUGGAGACGAAACCCGAAGAAACCGAUAAAACCGAGGAAAAGGUUGAGGUUUUGAGUGAAGAGACCGAUGAAAAUAAAAGCAAAGAAACGGUUAAAGAAGAGACCGAUGAAAAAGAAACGAACGAAAAGAGUGAAACCAAAGUUGAAGAAACAACUGAAAAGGAUACAGAAAAUAUCAAAACUGAAUCGGAGUCUGAAGAGAAGUGUGAAAAGGACACCGCUUUGAAGGCUCUGUUAGACAAAGACAUUGAAUCCAAAGAAGAGAAAAUGUUGAAGAAACAACUGAAAAGGAUACAGAAAAUAUCAAAACUGAAUCGGAAGAAGUGUGAAAAGGACACCGCUUUGAAGGCUCUGUUAGACAAAGACAUUGAAUCCAAAGAAGAGAAAAUGGAUAUCGAUUUAAGUCAAACGGAAACUUCAGAGAAAACCGAUAAACCCGUGUCUCCUAAAGAAGUGAAAGAAGAGUCUGAAAAAGAGGCGGAAACUGAAGAGAAAGAGGUUAAGAAUGAAGACGAGGUCAAGGACUUAGGGGAUGAGAAAGUGUCUGAAGAAAAGAUGGAAAUCGAUUCCGAAAAGAAAGAGGAGAUCGAGAAGUGUGAAGAAAAAGAGGAAAAACCAAUAGAAACUGAUGACAAAGAGGUUAAGCCUGAGGUCAGUGCAGAGGAAGAGCAGAAGUUGUCGACAGAAGAGGCGAUUAAAUCUGAAGAAAAGUCUGAAAAAGACAUUUCGGAUAUAAAAGUUGAAUCCGAAACGACUUCUCUUGUGACGGAAAAAGAUGUUUCAGUCACUCCUUCAUCUACACCUCAGCCACAGAUCACUCAACCAAAGAGUUGUUUGCGAUUUCCUAAAGACCGAGUCCUUCAGAUGAGAUUAGAGCAGAUCUGUCACACCGUCGAAAAGAAUGAGUGGCCAUCACUUCGACAUUCAUUCUUCUCUCUCAUCUCAUGUCCACAUCAGUCGACUCCGAGUGUGGCCACAGCUGACAGCUCUCCGCGACCCAUAUCGCCGUGCAGUCUGUCGAGUGCCAGUCGGGAGCCGACACCACAUCCCACUCCAGACCAUACGCCACGACGAGAAGCUCUGUCACCGCUUCCGGACUUCUUUUAUGCCGAGAAUUCUGCGUCACUUAAUGAGGCGGCGAGUCGUCGAAGACGUCGCAGAAGAAGACGCUUUGAGGUCGAGGCUGAGAGACAAAAGUUGCGAAAUCUAUUGUCGCAGACUAUAGAACAACAACAACAGCAACAGUUGGCCUCCAAUUCCAAGAAACAAACGUCUCUUCUGUCCAACAAUUCGUCUCAAUUCUUGCCGCCAUUAUUCUCACUUCCAUUUUGUAACCUUCGGUCCGCUAUUAGAGAUGAACUCAUGACCGACGAGAAGACCGCUUCCCUGUUGUUGGGGUCGACGCUUCAAUCAUCUCUGGCGGCAGCGGCGGCGGCCAGUGUCCAGCAGUCGGCUUCGAGCCACAACUCGUCGAGUUCUAAGGGUCCGCCACCCGCUCACCAGAGCUCUUCCGGUCGAAACAAUCCCACUUUGGGUACGUUAGACCUGACGGGAAGGUUUAAGUCGACGCCCAAAAUAACACCGCCCGCACCGGCUCACAAAGUGGCGCCGCCUGAGUCUCGCAAACAGUUGCCGCACGACGUGUUAGACCUGAGUUCCGUUCCGUGCAAACGAACUCGCAGUCACUCUCCCACUAAGAAAAUGCCGGCACCCGAUCCCACGCCUAUACCGCCCGUCACUAACUCCACAUCGAAGAGGAGUUCCCGAAAGAUUGGUUCGCGAAUCGAUGCGUUGGCUCUCAAUCUUCAGGCAAAGAAAAUGAUGGAAGAGAAGCAAAGCGAUCCCAAAGUAGACAAACUUGAAGCGACUCUUUCGGCGCUGGAGAAGAGACAGGCCUCGCAUUUCAUGGAUGAGCUCAACAAACAUUCAGCGCUCCUCCAAAACAAGACCCCACCGGCCGCUCACUCCAAGAGUUCGAGCGCGUCGUCCAAAAUGAAUGACUCGCUAUUGAGCGCCAAAUUGAACGCUCACUUCAGUUCGUUGGACACAUCGAAACUGCCGCCGUCUAAGGCCACAGAGGCGUCGACUAUCGCAGAACAGGUCGCUAUCAUUAGACAAAACUUACGCAAUCUGUUCGAAGAUCACCCGGAAUUCAUAGCCCAGAACCCGAGUAUGGCGUCAAUGGUGGCCGCGUCGGCCGCCAAUGUCUUCAAUCCUAAUCUGAAUAUGAAUUCCAUUUCAUCGAUGCCCGCGAAUACCGAAUUAUUAGAACUGCCGGACAGUAGGCGCAGUCGGAGUAGUCGGCGCUCUCGUGUCGAUCCCUCACAACUGGAUUUACAGCACUUGACGGGAGAGGAGAACGUCUCAGUCAUUAACAGGACGACCGGCAAAAAAAUCACCGGAUCAAAGGCACCGCCUCUCAAACAUUUGGCCGAAUGGCUCGAUAAGAACCCUAAGUUCGAUGUCGACCCCAAAUGGAGUCCACUCGUGAACAAGGAAAAGGCGGCCACUUUUAAGACACCCACAUCAAUACCUAAUAUCGGAGUCAGAACUCGAACCAGUGAUAAGCGAAGCUCUAGUAGUACUUCCAACUCAAGUCUCACUGCUCUCGCAAACAAUCUUCUAAACAACAGUUCCGGUGGUUUGGGCUCCGGUAGUAAUAAUAGCAGUUCGAGCAGUAGCUCCAGACGUUCAACCGCUGCCUCACUAUUGGCGAGCGGUUAUGGAAAUGCUUUUGGAAACACUGCCACAACCUCUAGUGGUCUGAGUUACCCCUCGUCCGCAGCCCUGAACUCAUUCAAUGCCAGUAUGUUAGCGGCCGGCUUCCCAUCCAUGAAGAUGUUUAUGGACCCCACAUCGGGUUCAACCACUGCCUCAUCAAUGACGACCACUUCAUCAUCAAAGUCUACUUCAAAUUUGACCUCAGCUUCGGGCACAUCGACCACCACUUCGACCACUUCCUCAUCCGGUGCUCCGCCGCUAUUCUUCCCAUUCGGAGGUCUGGCGGGAAUGGGUUUAGCGAAUCCCUUGUUUGGGUUUCCGAGCUUUAAUCUGCCGGGACUUACACCCAAUUCCAAUGCUAUGACCGGAACUACUUUCUCAGAUAAGAAAGACUCUGAAAGUUCUUCGAACGAAAAAUCUAAAGGUUCUGGAAAAUCGAGCAGUAGUUCCAGUAAAAGUAAAAGUGGUCUCAACUCCAGCGGACUAUUAAGCUCUUCGGCUGCGGCAUCAGCUCUGGGGUCGGGAGCGCUUCCAUUCCUAUAUCCGUCGCCAAACUUUCUCUACAAUCCCUUGAGUUUGAGUGGAUUUUCUGGUUUAAGUGGUUCGCCAUUUGGAUUACCGGGACUUAUGAAUGGUUUGGGUGGUCUCAACACCACAGCAAUGAGUGGGUUCACCACUAAUACGACAAACUCGACGUCUUCUCAUUUAAAAUCCAAAACCUCUUCGAGUAAGUCAUCGAAACACAGUUCCAGUGUCAGUAGUGCGCCGUCAGGGCUAUCACUGGCCAGCAGUCUGUUAGCGAGCGCUGGUGUCCACCCCUCGAGCGCUGCCGCGGCGGCCGCUAUCGGCGACUCAGACGACGACAGUCUUAAGUCGCUUAUGGGUAACGAUGACGACGACGACCUCAACGGAGAUUAUGACGACAAAGACCUAAACGACACGUCAGACUACGAAACAGAAUCAAAGAGUGCCUCCAAGAAGAAGACUUCUGCCAACAAGUCUUCCAAAGAUCUAACAAAAGGCAAAACGAAAGGCAACUCUAAUUCUACCUCAAAAGUGUCACCCAAUUGAUGACUGUUUGAUCGAUUGAUUAUUAAUUAUUUAGCAAAAAAUUGUGAUAUUUUUAAAGGCAAUUAAUCCUUGACUUUAAAGCUAACUAUACAUACAUUUGACUAUUGAUUCGCUGCUUAACUCUAAUUAAUGAUUAGAUAAUAAUAUUUCUGGUUUUGAUUGAUUGUCAAACAAUGACUGCAUUUAUUCGCUGC